CUUUUAUCUAAACAGCUGUUUUUUAUUAUCAUUUUUUGGGAGUGAAUUGUUUUCUUUUUAUAAUUUUGUUAAUUUUCCGCAAACAAAUUAACAUUUUACCACAAAAUUAACAACAACUUAUAAAGAAAAUGACUGAAGAUAUUGAAAAAUACUUUAAAAAUCUUUUAAAAAAAAUCAAUGGAUUGUAUAUUAUACAAAUUACGGAUCGAGAUGGUGCACCCGUUAUGCGGGUUAGUCAAGAUAAAAAUGUCGAUUUUACUUUAACACCCCCAUUUAUAUCAACAUUUACCACAGCUAGCGAUCAAGCUGGGAAAUUGGGACUGGGACGUAAUAAAACAAUUAUAUCAAUGUAUUCCAACUAUCAGGUGGUUCAAAUGAAUAAAUUACCGUUGAUUUUAACAUUUGUUGGAUCCGAAAACUGCAAUACCGGCCAUAUUUUAGCAUUAGAACAUCAAUUGGAUGCCUAUUUAGAAGACAUGAGACUUGCUGUUAGUGAAGCUACAUAAAUGAAAAUUUCCAUACAUUUUCUUUCUCCUUGGUAUAAACUUUCUUCACUUCUCAAUAAAUAUAAGAAACAACAUUUUCCAAAUUUUUUUUUUGUAAAUUAUAUAUAUGUUACUAUGUAUAAGAUGCUUAAAUAAGAACAAAAUUAUAUAUUAAAUA